GCUUUGCGGCGGUGUCGCGGAUUGAGAGACCACCCCUUGCGCACGCCCUUGUGGUGUCCAGAAAGUGCCACGCCUGCUUCCGUAGCCAUUUUGGCUCAAGGCCGCUCGGGUCGAGGCGUGCCCAUUGGCCUGCGGUCGCCGUCCAGCCCGUGCCUCGCAGCCCGCCUGGCGCGGCGCCAUGCGCCCCGUGGUGCGGAUGGCCUUCAUGACGGCCACGGUGGUGAGCCUGCUGCCCCUCGCGCUCCUGAGCUCGCAGCGGUUGGCUGGCCUCCUGGAGCAGCCACCCGCUGCGGGCCCGCCCGCGGAGCGGCCGCCUCGGCCCGGGAGGGCGGCCGGCGCUGCGGGGCCAGAGGCGGCGCAGGCAGGAGGCGCGGGCUCGGCGGCAGGGCGCCCACCUCAUCAGCAUUGGCAUGAGAGGGUUGCCGACAGCGUUGGGCCCGAGACGGUGCCGGAAGAGAGCGCGACCGCGUCGGCGCGGGAGAGGCUCCCGGAGGAGGGCCCACCCCGAUCGGAGGGGUUUGCCGGCGCCGUGGGCCCCGAGGGCGCGCCAGAGCAGGGCGCGGGCUCGAGGGCGCGGGAGGAGCUGCUCGCGGAGAGGAGCGCCGCCGUCGCAAGGGUGGGCUUGUUGGCUACGAUCGGAGAGAGCGGCAUCGGCGACGUACAACAUGGAGAAAGCAAAUGCGGCUUGCGCGUGUGGUCCGCCGUGCCAGUUGCCAAGCGCUAUCGCGAGCAGGGCCCAGGGAUAGUGCUUCUCCUGGAGCCGCUGACGCACUGGGCGCAGAAGAACCCCAACAAGUGGCGCCACUGGGUCGUUUUCGCCUCGGGCGCGACCAGCCCUGUCCGGAAGAUACGCGGUCCGAAUCAUCUCUCGUGGCACGCGGACAUGCCCGAAGCCGAGCACGCUGCCUGGACCGAGGGGCAGGACGACUGGGCGUGCCUCCGCUUUGGGCUGCGGGUCAACAGCAGCACGGGCCCCGAGGUUGCGAAUCUCACCAGCUGCCACCGACCGUCCCGCUUGCCGUCGCCGCAGAGGCCGAACAACAUAACGCUGUGCUACUGCGUGCCGCCGUACUUCAAUCCGAAGAACCCUGGGGCGAACGGGUUCUACGGCAUGGCGCAGAACAUACUGUAUCAUCUGCGCCGCGGAGUCAACCAGGUGAUCGUGUAUCUCAGCCCCCCGAACAGGGAUCUCGCCCUCCGCCUCUUGGCGCCGUUUGUGUCGCGCGGACUGUGCUCGGUGGUGUUCAGUGACCACGAGCACCACCGGACGCACCAUGAGCGAAACCAGAACGACUGCGUGAACAGGCUCAAGGGCCGGACGAUGCUCUACAGAGACAUCGAUUUUGACGAGUUCUUGUACGUCCCGCAAUGGAGCAAGGACCCAGGCUGGCACAUCGCUGGAGCGUCGCUUGCAGUGGAGCUGCAAAGGCUGGUCGAUUCCGAAUUGCACGACACCUUCCAGCUGCAGUCAGAAUGGUGGGUAAAGCCACCCAACACUUUGCACCACCUGCUCACGGAGACGAAAUACCACCAGGAAUCAACUGGCCAGGUGUUGAAGGUCAUCUCCAAACCGAGCCGUGUUGCUCAUGAUUGGGUCCAUCGGGUUUCCCACUGUUACCAGAACAGUACGCACUUUCGUGCCAGCUGCAAGCCGUAUACGAAGGGCGACAUCAAAGUCCGUUUCGCUCACAUCAGGAUGUCGAUGACUGAGGCAGAGCUCCAGACUUCGGUCCUGAAUGGCAGUUUGCUGUACGACGACUUCUUCGUCAACGAGACGGCCAUGCUCAAAGACCAGCUGUGCGCCUGGCUACAGGAAGCCAGGGAGAGCUGCGACCCUUCGACCUGGGCUGGGUGGGUUGCCCGCCGCAGCUUCUGGGCUUCCAGGCGCGGGCGCGUCAUGGAAUUAAUGUAGGCCCGAUUAUUCUAUGAAUUGCAGUUUCGCCGGAGAUCUCAGCCGAGCAGUUUCAUUGUUGGCGUUCGAAUGUUCAGAAAGGGAAUUGGUCGGCGCCUCAGUAUGUGUGCCGUUCGCGCCAAGGCGCGUCAGGCUGCAAUGCUGGCUUGCAGGUGACGUCCGCCUGCGGUCAGCCCAGUGAAUUCGAUGCUUUGCUUUACUUUUUAGAGCGGGUCGCUCCACCUUGCUUGGGCAAUCGACCAGAUAAGUGCGCGCGAGGUUGUUGUGUCUCUGGCGCGAGACCCCUCCAGUGCAGCUUCUUUCUCUUCACCGCGGAGGCGAUCGUUUAUUUCAUUUCGCCUUGCGUGCACACCCGUGGGCAAUCGACCAGAUAAAUGCGCGCCAGGUUGAUGCGUCUCCGUCGGAA